CAGAACCCUAGUCUCGCUCUAUAACAGUAUAAGGUCGCAUUUUCGUUGCUCGCUUCUCUCUUCGUUUCUUUCUCUAACAUCCCGUCUCUCGUAUUGGUGAGCUUAUUGGAUUAUCUCCGGCAAAGGAAACGGUGAAAGAUUAUAGGAUGAUUGUUCUCUGUUUGGGAAUCGUUGAGUGAUGUUGUUAGAUCCGCACGGUCUUCUCCUCUCUGAUCGUUUCCCAUCCAAGACAUGGUUCCACAGGCGCAAAAAAUGCCUAAUCUAAUCUUCUGAAAAAACCUUUCCCUUUUUGAUUACUCGGCGAAUCUAAUCUUUCCCUUUUUAGAAAGUUUUGGUCUUUCCUAACUCGGUUUGUAAAUAGAGAUCGAAAGCUUGUUCCUUUUUGUUUCUGGGUCUGUGUUAAAAGAAGCUGGGGAAGAUGAAUCUUAGUACGGCCGAGGAAGAAUCGUCGUCGGCGCAAGAGAUUCACAUCCCUGCUGACAUCAACUGGGAGAUGCUCGACAAGUCAAAGUUCUUCGUUUUGGGAGCGGCUCUGUUCUCAGGGGUCUCCGGAGCUCUUUACCCUGCCGUGUUGAUGAAGACUCGUCAGCAAGUGUGUCAUCAUUCUCAGGGCUCUUGUAUCAGAGGCGCGUUUACUCUCGUCAGGCACGAAGGCUUGAGGGGGUUGUAUAGAGGGUUUGGCACUUCUCUGAUGGGAACUAUCCCUGCACGUGCCUUGUACAUGACGGCUUUGGAGGUUACCAAGAGUAGCGUAGGCUCUGCUGCUGUCGGGUUAGGUUUUACUGAGGGUAAAGCCUCUGCUGCUGCUAAUGCGGUUGGCGGGUUAACGGCUGCGAUGGCUGCUCAGCUUGUUUGGACUCCUGUCGAUGUUGUGAGCCAGAGGCUUAUGGUUCAAGGAAGCAGCGGUCUUAGGUGUUGUAAUUACGUUAACGGGUUCGAUGCUUUCAAGAAGAUCGUGAGAGCUGAUGGAGUUAAGGGGUUGUACAGAGGGUUUGGGAUAUCGAUUCUGACUUAUGCGCCGUCUAACGCUGUUUGGUGGACGUCUUACUCCGUUGCGCAGAGGAUGGUUUGGGGUGGAGUUGGGUGUUAUGUUUGUAAGAAGGACGGAGAGAAUGGGAACGCGAUUAAACCGGACUCGAAAACGGUGAUGGCUGUUCAGGGAGUAAGUGCUGCGAUUGCUGGGAGUGUUUCUGCUUUGAUUACGAUGCCGCUGGACACAAUCAAGACGAGGUUGCAGGUUCUUGAUGGGGAAGAUAGCAAUGGGAAGCGUGGUGGACCGAGUAUUGGACAGACGGUGAGAAACUUGGUUAGGGAAGGUGGUUGGACAGCGUGUUACAGAGGGUUGGGACCGAGAUGUGCUUCAAUGUCAAUGUCUGCAACGACUAUGAUCACUACCUACGAGUUCUUGAAACGGCUUUCCGCUAAGAACCAUGACGGGUUUUACUCUAAAUCAUAGUUGUUUAACAGCUCAGAGAACCACAUAGAGAAAAUGUUAUCUACAUUUCUUGUUCUUGUUCUUGUCUAGCUGUUCUGCUUUCUCUUUUGUUUUUGUUUUUCCAGUCAUAUUGUAAGGAAUGUGUUAAAAUCCAGUUGUUUCUAAAUAAAGAAAUGUUUAUUCCCACA